AUGUCCAGUAUAGGCCCCGAAAUACCACCGCAUCUCCUUGCCAAGCGCAAGCGGCAAGCAGAAGAAGAAGAAGACUCCGCUACUGCUCCUGCGCCUAAAGAUGGCAGUUCACGAUCAAGCAGCCCGGACAGCGGAGAGAAGCGGCGGCGGGUCAUCGGACCAGCAGCACCACCAGCGCCUCUAGAUGAGUUACCUCCUAACAGCACUCACAGUGAUGAGGACAGUAGCAGUGAUGACGACGGCUACGGCCCAGCCCUGCCUUCAGGUGAUGCUUCAAAAAAUGACCAUACUACUUCCGUAUUUGAUGAACCGCCCAGCAGCGCGCCCGAGAAGAAACAAGCACAGCGCGACGAGUGGAUGAUGGUACCGCCCAAGCAGGAUGACCUCGCAGCGCGUAUGGAUCCUACGAAGACACGAGCACGCAAAUUUAAUACCGGCAGAAGCGCGAGAGCGCCUGGUCAGAGUGGUGGCGGCAUUGACGGUGUCUGGACCGAGACUCCAGAGCAAAAGAGAAAGAGGUUGGAGAACGAAGUGAUGGGUGUUACAGCACCUGCCGCAGCCGGCGAACCGGACAGCGGUCGUGAUCGCAGAAAGGACGCAGAGGCUGAGGAGACUGCGCGCCGGAUCAGGGAACACAAUAAAUCCCGAGGCGGGUCACUAUAUGAACAGCACAAAGCACAAACGCCAAAGGACAAGGAGGAUGACCCAAGCAAACGGGCGUUCGACAGAGAAAAGGAUAUAGCCGGGGGCAUGAAGAUUGGCCAUGCACAGCGUAAAGAGAUGCUCAACCGCGCUGCUGAUUUCGGAUCCCGGUUCGCUGGCGGAAAGUACCUCUGA